ACUGGACUCGACAGUGUCUGCCCAACAGUCGACAGUGAAGGGUUGCGCUGUUGAUUCGUUUCACUCAGACGCGUUUCAGUACCUCUGUAUUCAACAGGGUAUAUAAAUCACAUAGUGAAGUGUGAAUAUAUUUAUGAAGUGUGAGCAGAUAUAUAAACCCAGAGAAAAGGCGCCUUUUGAACGCUUAUAAUAGAAAGUGAGACGUGUGCGGGCGAACAGGACCCCGGAGAAAGUUAACUGAGUGAGAGGCAGGUACUCACGAUUACCACCCCUACCUUCUGCUGCUGAAGACUACUACUACUACUACUGCCUGCGUAGAACGACUACUGUUUGCUCUAGAAGUCCACUAUUGCCUGUAGGAAAUCCUCCCAUCCUUAACACCUUGGCAAGGUCUUAUGGAUGCAGAAAGGAUGUAGGGUGAGCGUUGACAGUAGAGGUGAAACAUCUACUGUUCAUUGUUGUAAUCAUCUCAGCAUCACCACCCUAGCAACAUGAUGGUGUUGACGUGGAGAGAAGGCAUACCUCUAGCACUGGUGGCCCUCUUCACAAUCUGUCAAGCCAAUGAUGUGCCCAACUACAAGUGUUUCCCUUUCUCAACCCGUUCACAAGGAAAACGAAGCCAUGACAAAAGUCUAUCUCGUCAUCAUCGGAAAUGGGGCAACGACCAGUGUCCUGGUCCUGUUUGUGUAGCUAUAGAACCGACAGGCGAUAUUAUACGUGAAGUUGGCAAAUCAUAUGAAGCUUAUUGUCUUUUUGAUCCCAGUCAAGUUAGAGCAGAAGAUGUCUUCUUCAUGCACUGGGAAAAGACGCCCAAUGAUCAGUUCCGAAUUCCACACACGGUUGUCAAUGAAUCUGCCAUUAGUAUUCAGAUCACUCACGAGGAAGCAGUAGAAUACAAGCUGAAAUGUCUUACGGGCAAUGCAACGUUCCUAUGUGAACGCACAGUUAAAGUUGGAUAUACGCCAAAAGAUGUGCAGAAUUUCACAUGCAUUUCCGAAAACUGGAUGAAGUUAAAUUGUACAUGGGCAGUUCCGGUGAAUCCUGUCACGGUUAAUUACCAUCUCACGUAUGUUGUGCUGGGCUUCUUAGAUUCCAGAUAUGGUAUCUCCAAGUGUCCCAGAGUUUCUAUUUUUGAGAGGACUGCCAGUUGUCUCCUGAGUGAGCUAACCAAGCCAGCACAUGAUAAAGCAAUGUGGUAUAAUUUCACACUCAACUCCACCAAUGACCUUGGAACACACAUUCAAAAAUUUUUCAUCAACCAGUACGCUCAAGUACUUCCAAAUCCACCAGAGAAUUUAGCGAGUACAGUUAUUGGCCCUUAUGAAGUUGAACUAUCAUGGACACUGCCACACCCAAUUGAUGUAUUUAAUAGUACUAUUUAUGAGGUUUCGUACAGAAAGCAUCAAGACGGAGACCAGUUGGAGGAUGUUCCUUGGAUUUUAGUUGAGCAGAAGAAAGUUUAUGCACAGCGGAGUAAAGAACUAUUCACUAAAGUCAUCAGCGAUCUUCAUGCAUACAUCUUUUAUGAUUUCCGUGUGCGUCUCCACACUGGAAUAGGCCCCAUUCGACAGCACAUGUGGUCUGAUCCUGCCAUUCAUACUGAGAGGACUGCCGCUACCCGGCCGACAAAAGCACCCUUGACUGGUAUUGGCACAUUUGAAAUUGAAGAAACUCUCUCUCAUCGUGACAUUUACAUCAGCUGGCAAAAGGUUGACCCACUAUUCUGGAAUGGUCCUAACUUUACUUAUGUCAUCUCGGUGUUCAAUUUUCAGAAUGACAGGCCCAUCAUCAAGAGUCCAGAAGAAAUUGAUAUCCGAGGUGCUUAUGCUAAAUUUACCAACAUGGAUAAGGAUAUUGCUUAUAAGUUUGAGAUCAAGCCUAUGAAUGAUGAAGGACUUCCUGGUGAUGAGGAUGUCAAAUCAGUAGUUAUAGUACCAGAGAAGGGAGCUAUAUUGAGUGCCAUAAACUACUUUAAAGUCAUUGCAUACAGCUCCAACAGCACUGUUUACAGUAUGAGGUGGCGCCUUCCUGAAGCUCUUCUAGAAAACAAGGCUAUAGAAAGUGUCUCUCUCUACUGGUGCAAGAAAAAUAAAUAUGAAGAAAGGUGUCAGAACAAACUGGAAUGGUUGACUGUUGAAGAUCUAACCAUCACAUCUAAGAAUCUUACAGACCUGGAUAAUUCAUCUCUCUAUAUGUUUGGCAUAUCUGUCAACUCAAAUAACUCCUCCAGUGGAAUUAAAUGGCAUACCUGCAUUGCUAAUCAUGGCAGUCGUCCUCCACCACUUGAACAGUUUGAAGUGAUCCAUGUGACUCAAACAAAAGUAACUUUGAAGUGGAAUCUUGACUGUAAAGCUAAAGCUGCAGAACCCACUGGCUUUAACAUCUCUUACUGUACUGCAGCAGAGACUGAAGAUAAAUGUUCUUUGCCAUCAGACAAAAUUUAUGAAACAAUAUCUGAUGAAACGUCAGUUGAGCAUUUGGUAAAGAAUUUGCGUCCAUACACCAGCUACAUCUUCAACAUUGCAAUCCUCACAGAGAUUGGACUUAGCAAGUGGAGUAACUCUGCAAGAGUUCAGACUUUGCCAGAUAAGCCUAGCGGUGUACCCCAUCGCUUAAAGGAUACAGCAAAGGGCCAACAGUGGAUUUUACUUGCUUGGGAGCCUCCACUUCCUGAAGAGCGCAAUGGGCAGAUUUCAGAAUAUAGUAUCACUGUGGAACCACCUGUAACACCUGUGAAGGUUAAGGCCAACAGUACCUCAGAUGUAACUAUGUAUAAUAUGACAGGCUUAGAGCCCUACACAAAGUACUUGUUCAGUGUUACUCCAUGCACAAAAGGUGCAUCGUGUGGUGAUAAGGCUGCUCAUCUUGCUGUGAGGACAAAAAUUGGAGCUCCUGGCAAGAUUGACAGCAUAGACCAGGAAGAUAAUCAGCUUGAAUGGGAGCAUGAUGACUGUUAUGCCCCAGAAUGUAUUUAUGAACUGCGCUACAGGAUAAAUGGCACAGAACACUACCACCGUACUUCACCAUCUCAGUUAGCGAUCAGCUUUGAGGACCUAAAAAUUAAGUGUACAGAGCACCAAGAGGAGUUGAAUAUUGAUUUACGUGCCAUCAGUGUAAAUGAAGAUAACGAAACUCUGACUGGGCCAUGGAAGGAGAAGAAAAUUACGUGCCAUAUACCAGUGAUGGCCUGGUGGAUCAUUCUUAUCAUUGCUGCAGUCUGCAUUGCAGUAACACUGAUCCUGGUUGUGGUCGGCACAUAUGGAUGGGAUCAGAUCAAGGAGUUCCUGUAUAACCUGAACCGCAAGCCAGUCUUCCCAGAUGGCCUAGACCCAUAUGAAGAUAGAGACUUCCAUCCACCUACAGUUGAAUGCAAGAAACCAUGGUAUAAGAACAUUCAGAUUCCCAGAGAGAAGAAAAUCUCCACAAGUACCACCACCUCCAACACUUCAGAGGAACAAGAUCUCAUAAAACCGGGAAGUGAGCGCCAAGGACGUAACUUGUCAGGUGAUUCUGGCACUUCUGAGGGUGACCCAGGGGACUCUUCUGGAUGCUCUGUAGGAGGAGAAUCUGAUUCUUCAUCUGGAAGUGAUCGUGUUCACCAGUCUUCUGAUUCAGGAACUGUUCAAGAGGAACCUGGGUUCUCAUCUGAAAACAAGUGGUCAGGAUCGGUGAGGCUGAGAACACCAGCUCCACCGUAUGUUCGCCAGGGACUUCCUGAAAAAAUGUCUGGUAUGGGUGGAUAUGUGUCUGUUGGGUCUGUGCCUAAUUUGGCUGGAGGAUUGGCAGAAGGACUACUAGCCUUACAACAGUCAACACCAAGUCUCGCUCUUGGGGCUCUGCCAGAAGUGCCUUUAGGAGCUAGACGCACUUCUACUGGAUAUAUAAGCAUGCCUGAGGCUGAUGCUGAUGCCAUUAAUCUGCCUUUGGACGUAAUGAGUAAUUUUGCUUUUCCUCCUGAGGGACGGGGUCAGAGUGGUCUCCCUGCUUACUCUCGGCAUAAUUUUUCUCACAAGAAAGCUUCAACUCCUGAACUAUCACCAUAUACAAAGGCUGAGUCAUUACCAUGGUUAAACACAGGGUACGUUGCAGUAGCUCAAGCUGAGAGUGUGAUGAGAGAUACUCGGAGUGCUGGUGGGUAUGUAGCACUUGGUGAUGCUGUGGGCAGUGUAGCACUUAGUGAUGGUAUGGGCAGAAUGAAAAGACAACCAUCACUUCCAUCACUUCCCUUUGGUACCAACAAAUCUAUAACUACACCUGAUGAAGACCUUCCACCUGGUGCAUACUGUAGGGUUGGUGCUCGUGGCUCACCUGAUCCUCAACAUGGCUCCUCCACUGGAUAUGUUAGUAUCACUCAGGAAUUAGCAUCACAAACAACACCAACUGUUAGCUCUUCUUCUCCAGUUAAUAAAUCUGCUUAUGUUACAUGUGCAAUGGCAGAAUCCAUCGCAUCUCCAAAGAAAGAACCUGAGAAAGUAAAUACUGACUAUGUAUCUGUUGGGGAAAUGGGAAAUGGUCAUUGGGCUCAUCCAAUAAAGCCACCACGCACUAGCGACGAGAGCCGAGAGGUGACAUCAGCACCAAUAGAAGGCUCUCGGGGUCGACCUUCUCUACCAACUCGACCAAAUACAUCUGAAACAAACCACAACCGAGCAGGAAAUAAAUGGACUCCCUUAGGACCUUCUCUCUCCAAGCAAAGCUCUGGAUAUGUGUCUGGGAAUGUAUCCCAGGAGACAUUAGCCUUUCAUGAUCCUGUAGUUAUGUCACCUAAAAAGCUUUUGGCUCGAAGUCAAGAACCGCAUUCAGUGGUUUACUCGCCUAACCAUAAACCAUCAAUGGUGUGAAACCCAUAUUGUGGUAGGCAAUUGGCUUUACCAUUUUCACUUUUUAAUAAUUAUUUGAUAACUGCAUUUCCAUUGCAGUAUGAAAAGAUGUUUCCAAAGACCUUUAAUAAUAUUACAGUAUACCUUUGGAUUACUUAAGAGGCAGAAGUGUCCAUAUCCUGGAAACAAACUUCCAUAUUUCCUCCAAAAACUUGUGUACUUGAAAACUUUGAGGAAUGUAAAUUGUAUGUUACCAAAUCAUCAGUGCAGUGAUGAUCUGAAAAUGGUUUGGUGAAAAUGAAUGAAAAAACUGUGUACCUUUAGUGUUUUCUGUAGUGACUUUGGGGAUUUGUAGUGCAAAUCUUGCGAGCUUUGCUAAUUAUUAAUCCCUCUGUUAUCAAUGUGGUACACCUUUAGAAAGUACAAAGACUUGCUCCUGGUAGUUGGUGUUCAGCCAGCAGAAUUAGAUGGAAUUGGAUCUCCAAGAUUUAAAGAUGUCAUUUACAAGUUAGGCAUUUGGAAAAAAUAGAAACAUUACCCUACUGUUAAUCUACCCAUGUAAUUUCAUUGCAGAAGUUAGAUAUUGCAAAGAAGAAUUUCAUCUUAAAUCUUCAUACAUUGAAGGAACUUCAGUGUUGUGUUAAUAUUAAAUUUUUGUGUAACCUGAAGGGAACUUUUAUAGCUUAGUGCAGUAUUUAUGGCUUAUACUAAAUUUUUAUUAAGUGUUAUCUGGAUUUUUUUUUUAUUUAUUUAUUUUUUUUUUUUGUGAUGCAGAAAAAAUAAAAAAAAUGAGCUGAAUUUUUUGAGUAGCAGUGAAUAAUGUUAUUUUUGGCUUUCUGUUCACAAUGCACUGCUUGCUGACCAUGUCUUGCCAAGUUCUAGUUAAAUAUAAAUUUUAUACGAGUGGUAAAUAUCUCGACUUCAGAAUGCAGUAAGGGUUGAUCCACCUAUUUUGUCGGCAAAUAUGUACUUGGACCCUGUGUAUGGAUACCAAGCACAUAUUCGUGGAUUGUGUACAAAACAAGAUGGUUGCAGUAAGUUUAAUCUUAAUACCAACCUCCGUCUCUGCUGGCAGUUCAAAAUGAACCACUACUGCUUAGGGUGAUUGAUAGUCAGAUAUUAGGACCUGCACAGGAGAUAACUGAUUUGUAGUCCUAAGCUGGUUAUGUCCCCUUAGCUCAGUGCCAAGUAGUUAUUCAUGUUUUGAGAUUUUAAGCUACAUUUCCCAAUGCUCAAUAUGUCUCAGUUUCAAUACUCAGUUUGCAUAUGUAUGGGAGAAUUAUGGAUCCAGUUGCUUAUUUUUGUUACUGUGUAGCAUUAUGUACAAGUAUAUUAUUAUAUUCAUGGGAAAGUGCUAAACCCAUAAAGGUCAUGCAGCGCCUGGGAAUUGGGAGGUAAUCAGGCAUGAUUUGAAGAAGGGGAGAAUAGCUCCAAUUCCUUGAAUCAAGAGCUCUUCACCAGCAUCAAAAUACCCUGUUGAUGGGUAAGGGUAGAAAAGAUUUAUUAGUACAUCUCAUCUUGGUUUCUCAUUUAAACAGUAUCAGAAGAGAUACAUAGUAAUCAAGUACCCAAUUUAUUAAAAUUUUGAUGAGAAAUGUUACUAUACAACAUUAAUUUACAAGUAGAGUACAUUGUUUCUGAUACAAAUUUUGUGAGAAACAAGGUGGUAUGUAGAAAACCCAGAUGCAUCUUUGAGACACAGUAGCACAAUCAUGUUGUGUUUGAGAAUGUUUAUUGCAUGUUCUUUACUUGUUAUUUGUUCAUGUAUAUUGUGUAUGUUAAAUUACUGCCCAAUGUUCAUAUAUUUCAACUUACCGCCCAUAAAAACUAAAACUGUCAUCGUUCAUGCACCACACUGGCUUUGUUUUUUAUCGCACAUUAAUGAAAAUCAAAACUAAUGUCCAAACCAAGAACAUACUAUGUUUAUUGUAGUGUAGUCAGACAUUCAUAUAGAUAACUUUUCUCAUAGCUAAUCAGUCACCUCUGUUGACCCAGUCCAUUGUAGAAGUCAACAAAGAGUAUCAUAACAGUACCCUGUGAUACAUCAUUAACAUCAGCUUAAGGUUAAGUAUCCUAAGAGUGCUCCUUCCAUAGAGCAGUAAGUGGAAAAUGUACUCAAAUUAAUGCAGCAUGUCCAUAAAGUCCUUUUCUGAUUUAAUGUUUUUUUGCAACAUAGUGGCACUAUGAAAAGGCAAUUUUCUGCAUUUAUUAGAUGAGCUAAUAACAGUUUUUAUACAACUUCAUAGUUGUCUAAUUUAUGCUACUUUAACAUGUGCACUUCGAGUGGCCCAUGACUCGUCUAACUGAUGCUGCAGUUUAUUCAACAUAUAUUGGCCAACUGAAUGUUUUAAUGCCAGCAGCUAGUACUGUAUCUAGAAAAUAUAAUCUUUCAAAAAUCCCUACAAGAAGUGUAAUGGGGCAGGGCAGUGUGGGGACAUUAGAUGAGGCCAUCAUGCCCAGUCCAUCUACCAGGGAACUUCAUGCUAUGAUAAUUCUGCUACUGUAUGAAGAAAACUGUGUUUUCAUGUCUUUUACCAAAUUGUUGCAAUGGAUUUUUGAAACAAGAAAAGGACUGUUGAAACCCUGUCUUUGCUGCACAUAAGAAUUUAGAUUAAAUAGGUUUUGUUUAUGGUUAUACAAUUUAUACUGCUUUUAAGAGUUUAUACUUAUUUCAAAAGUUAAAUAUUUUACUAUAAAAUUUUGUUUGUGUGUACUGAAAAUUUUUUUUUUAAUAAUCAUUUUGGAAUUUAAUAUUUUCAAAAUUACAAAAGUAUACCUAGUAUACAUAUAAAUAUUAAACAUGCUUCAGUAGUUAAGUCACCUUAAAAUAUUAGUGAUAAUUCGAGACAGUAUUAAUAUUAGGCCAGACUAAAAAUAGACACCUAAUCUACAAACAAAAUCUGACAACAGUUUAAUUAGCAGUUGUUAUAAGUGCAUUAUGUUGGGUGUAUGUAUUGCUUCAAGAUUAUUACCUAAUACUAUUAUAUUUUAUUUAUGAAGGUGAUUGUGAUGGCCACAAGAAACAUGUAUUAAUUUUACAGUCCCUUAAAAAUACUCAGUGUUAUUUGAAAUUUUUUUGGUACCAACUUUAUUUUCAGAAAGAAAAAAAUAUUUAUUUUCAAAGAGAAAAACAAUUACUUUUUAUUGCAUGAGUUAGAAAAUAAUAAAAUUAUUAUACAGUAUUUAUAUCUUUAUACAAACAACUUAAAAAAUCAAGUGUAUAAUUUAAAUAAAUUUGUUUACCAAAUUAAUAACUAUUUUUCAGAAAGAAAAAUAUCUUUUCUUAUUAUUAUAGACAGUACUAUAAGUGCCACUAUGGAUAAGGUGCUUUUGAGGAUGUCCUUCAAGUUUCACACCAUUGGGUCUACCACUAACAGAAUAGGUGUCCCCCUGGACAUAGUCUCCCACUUCUUGAAUGUUUUUUUCUUCCAUGGAGCUCAAUAACAAUUGAUAAUUCAUUUUGAGUAUUCAGCAAAAAUGCACACUUAGGAGAGAAACCUUAAGAUGAUGUGUUGGUCUUAAUGAUCCAGAACAUAUUCAUAACGUUCCUCUCCUCUCUCUCUCUCUCUCUCUCUCUCUCUCUCUCUCUCUCUCUUUUUUUUUUUUUUUUUUUUUUUUUUUUUUUUUUUUUUUUUUUUUUUAUAGAAUUGUUCCAACCACUGUAUUGUAAUUUUUUAUUCUUUUGUUUUGAGUGUACUUGUGACCAUGUCAUUACAUUUCUUAAAAAUAAUAAUGAUGUAUCUGGCAAUUUUUUAUUUUCUAUUAUAUUUAUAUGCAUUAGUUUUUACAGUAUGGUAUUAUAACUUGAUAAGUAACUAGACUGUUAUUUGGUGAACCUCUUAGAUAAAAGAUGGGAUAUUCUAUUAAAUAAGAUUAAUUUGAUGUUGUGUAGAGGAUAAGGAAAAGAUUAUAAUUACUCGAGAUAAUGUCAUAGUGUAUGUGAUAAGUAAAUUUAUCAAGUUAUGUAAAUGAUGUACAGAAUGAUACUUUGCAUGUCAUUGUACAAAUCCAAAUCUCAAAAAAUAUAUACGCUUUUUUUUAUAGGAUUAUAAAUGCUGUGUUUAUCAAAUUGAUUUGUACGGAAAAAAAAAUGUUGGGUAAAAUUAAAUUUAUGGUAACUCGUCUAAUUUUUUAAAAGAGAAAGUUAUUUAUGUCAGUGGAUUAUUGUCUCUGAGAGACGAUCAAAUCAUAUACUACAACAAUUCGUAAAGUCUAGUCCUGAACUGUAACUUUGUACAAAGAUAUUCUGAAUGGAGUUCUGUAAGUUUUUACCAUCAGUAAUUGAACAGUCUCUUAUAUACUGUAUAUGCAACUCUUACUCCCUUUGAUAUAACUAAAAAUCUCUGACUUGUAUUAUAUUCAUCAGGCAGUCACAUUUGGAGUAAAACAUCAGGUGAUUGCUACAGACACUAGUCACAAGAGCCAUUUUGAAUGUUUAUGUAGGAGACCUUGUGACAGUUUAUUUUAUACUUUAACUAAUCAGAUACAUUAUUUUGGCAUUACUAAAAACUAGCUUGAAAGUGUUAAUGUAAGAGAUUUUGCUGUUUAUGAAAUAUAAAAGGUAUGUUCUUAAGCCAUAUUCCUUUUUGUUCACAAAGCUAACUGUCUUAUAACUGCUAAAAGUUUAUGCAAAUAUUGAUGAAUUAUAUGAGGUUAAAUAUAAUUUUAAGGAGAUGAUACCAAUUGACAGUUUGGCAACUCUGUAAAUAGUUGUUGAAAUAGAUAAAUUGGUUAUGAUCACCCAAGUGUGUACUAAACCUUAUGUAACACUUCAAAAUUUGUGCCAAAGUGACAAGUGGCAAAUGAACAAGAGAUAUCUCUGUGUAGCUUCUGACUCUAGCCUAAGACUUAUUCUCUGUCAGAAUUUACAAUAUUUUUGUAUGUUUUUUUUUUUUCAUAAAAAUAGUAAAAAUUGGAUUACAUAAUUAUAAAACUGUGUACUUUAAAUUUAUAUGAAGUUUUAUGUAUGAGCAAAUUUAUCAUCCAGUAAUGUAUUAUCUUCAGAGAUUAUUGUGUAUGAGUAAUCAAGAGUUUUAAGGAAAAUUCUUGUAGAUAUGAUGUUGGUGGUAAGAUAGUGUAAUGCAAAUAUGAAUUUGCUGGCUUUUUUCCUCCCGUGCCCUCCCCCAUUUCUGUGACAUCCAGUUUGUCAUACGACCACAAAGCUCUUAAGGGGCAUGCUUGUUUGGCAUACUGUAAAUAAGUGAUAUAUCCAAGAUAAUUCCCUCCCACAUUUUUUACACAGGCUCAUGAUAAUGUGUGCUGGGUAGAAUAAUACAUCUCAUUUUCAUGGUAGGAUAAAAGGUGACUUUGAUGGUGUGCAAGAGAAAUCGAUGCUUUUUAGUUGAGCAGCAUUACCGCAAGUCUACCGUAAUCAUCCCACACUUUCCUGCGUCUUCCUUCUCCCUCUUCCCAAUGAACCUCAAUUCCCAUGAGAUUAUUGAUUUGUUGUUACUGUUUACAAGUCUGUGGUAACUGCAUUAAGGUUACUAAAAAUGUUGAAUGCUCCCUCUGAUAAAGGUCUACAAACAGGGAAUUUUAACUUUAAAUUGUUCUUUAAUAAUGCUUGUUUGCACGAACUUAUGGAAUUGACAUUAAGCUUUAUUAAAUUACUGUUUUUAGUUUAAAUUUCCUGAUUGGAGCAUGUAGCCUAUAUGGAUAUUCUCUAUGGACAUGUGCUGUAGAAAUUCAGUGUAGAUUUUUGGCUGUUGGACAUACCAUGUGGUUUGUGUGCAACAUAAUCUAGUGCUAAAAUGUAAUUAAUACAAUGUAAACAGUUAAAAAAUGUAUGUACAAAGAUUGAAAAUAUUUUAUUGGAAAA